GGCGCUUAGAAUCGGAUCAAAUCCACUCCUUAUGAUAACUGUGCGAUAAAUAUGAAUAAUUAAGUUUGGAUAACUUUGGGUCGUAUAUUCCCGAAAGAAAGGAUAUCUACCCCAAGCGGCAAAAUCAAAGUGGACUCGUCCGCAGAAACUCGAUACCCCAAGUAUAGACCAUGGAGUUUUCCAGAAUGCCCCACUUCCGUUGAGGGAUCGAGUUUCUCUGCACGUACACAAGUUGUACGCACGUCGUCCAUUUACACGUGGACAGAAUCGUUCAGGAAGUUUCCGACAGUUGAUGAGCUGUGUUCAUGUAAUUUCUGCGACCCUAUAGUACGCCUGACACUGGGGCAGUAGACCGUGACAUACACACGUGUGUACCUGUUGUUGUUUACUGUGAGUGGUGAUCGGUUGUGUGUAUCGAGUUUGUGCUGCUGAGCCAGAAGUAAGAUGACGGCGUUUGCGUUUUGGUGUGCUUGCGUGGCAAUGAUGACGUUGGUCCAAGGGGAGAUGUUCACCUCCCUGGCGGCCAUGCAGUCUGCCCUCUGGGCGGAGAGGGAAAUCGCCGCUACCAUUAAUGAUUACGUUCAGGAAGAGGAGACACGACUGGCCAAACUAAAACAACUUGCUGCAGACAUGGAUAAUCACAGCAGACGCGUGCAAGAAAAUCCAGAAAAAUUCCUCGGAAAUCCUGUCAAUGCUUACUUGUUGAUAAAAGGGUUUACCAUAGACUGGGACAGAGACGUUACAAGGGAAAUAACUACACCAAAACCAGAUUUGGAGGAGCGCAUUCAAAAGCUGAAGGAAAGCCUUCCAUCUUAUGAGGAUUUAAAUGGGGCUGUGGUAGCAUUGCUGAGAUUACAGGACACAUACAAACUGGACACUGACCGCAUCGCUGGAGGAGACCUCCAGGGAACACCAUCCGUCUCCCUGACAGGUACUUAUCCUACACACAGCAACGUGUCUUAUGUGUAACAAAGUUUACCAUCU